CGAAAGCUUAAUAUUUAUAAAAAAAAAUUUUUGAUGUUGGUUUAAAGUUCUAGAGAUAUUAUAUUAUUAAAUAAUAAUAAGUAAUUAAAAUACGAAACUUAUAAACACGCUGCUGAAAUUCUAUUGUUAUUACAAAAAUGGCUGAAGAACGUCUCGAUUUGAUAAUAUUCGGAGCAACUGGUUUCACAGGGAAGUAUACUGUUCAAGAAGCUGCUAAGUUUUGUAAAAUGAAUCCAUUUACAUGGGGAGUAGCUGGAAGAAAUAAUGAACGUUUACAAGAUAUCGUUAGAAAAUUUGCACCGGAUUCAGGAAAUAUACCAGCAAUUAUUGCGGACAUACAAGAUGAAGAUUCACUGAAAAGAAUGGCUCAAAAAUGUAAAAUUGUUGUCAACUGUUGUGGACCUUAUAGAUUGUACGGCGAGCCAGUAGUAAAAGCUUGUAUAGAAGGUAAAUCUCACUAUGUGGAUAUCAGCGGUGAACCUCAAUUCAUAGAAUCUAUGCAACUUAAAUACCACAAAGCAGCUCAAGAAGCAGGAGUAUACAUAAUAAGUGCUUGUGGUUUAGAUAGUAUUCCUUGUGAUCUAGGAGUAAUUUUUGUCCAAAAAAAUUUCAAUGGUGAUGUGAACAGCGUUGAAACAUACUUGAAUGCUUGGGUAGAAGGUGAAUAUAAAGGACCAUCUCUUCAUUAUGGUACUUAUGAAUCAGUGGUUCAUGGAGUAGCAGAGGAUAGGGAAAUUAACAGAAUACGAGCCGCCCUUUAUUCUGAAAAACUACCUUCACUCCAACCAAAAUUACGAUUGAAAAUAAUGCAUCGAGACUCAGUAUUAAAAAAAUGGUCUCUUCCAUUUUUAGGUGUUGAUGGUUUUGUAGCUUACAGAUCUCAACGCUUUCUCUAUGAAAAAAAACACAUUCGACCAGCACAAAUUCAAACUUAUGUUUCAUUCAAAUCUCUAUUAACGGCUAUAUCAAUGGGAUUCACUAUGAUUCUAUUUGCUUUAAUGACAAGAUUCCGAUGUGGGUAUAAUUUACUUCUUAAGCAUCCACGAUUCUUCUCAGGAGGACUUGCAAGCCAUGAAGGACCAGAUCCAGAAAUAUUACCUAAAACUCAUUUUUCAAUAACUUUAAAAGCUACUGGAUGGAAAGAAAAACUAUUAAACGCUCAUUCUAUGCAUAGUAAUUCUCCUAAUAAGGAAAUUAUUGCUCGGGUUUCGGGAACUAAUCCUGCCUAUGGAGCAACUUGCACUAUGUUAAUGAUAUCUGCACUUAUGAUUCUUCGAGAAUCUGAUAAAAUGCCAGACAAUGGUGGUGUUUUACCCCCAGGAGCAGCAUUCGAAAAUACUUCUAUGAUACAGAAUUUGCAACAGAAUGGUGUUAGCUUCGAAAUAUUGAAAACAACUGAAAAAUCUAGUAACAUGAACGGCACUGCAACAAUAAUUAAAGAAGAUUCUUUGAAAAAACCACCAUCAUUGAGGACGGUUACAUGGAGCGAGAGUGUUGAUGAAACCGAUUUAGAUGUUCCAGGAACUCCAAGGACUCCAAGGACUUCAACAACACCAGGACAUGAAAAAUGCAUGUUCCACCAUGACCUAGAAUUAGAUCAUCGUCCACCAACGAAAGAAGCUCUGUUACCAGAAAUGUCAAAGAGUUACAGGCGUCUUUUACGAUCUCUAGGUGAAGAUCCAGAUCGUCAAGGGUUACUUAAAACACCUGAAAGAGCAGCUAAAGCAAUGUUAUUCUUCACCAAAGGCUAUGAUCAAAGUCUGGAUGAUGUAAUCAAUGAUGCUGUUUUUGAUGAGGAUCAUGAUGAGAUGGUCGUAGUUAAGGACAUUGAGAUGUUUUCGAUGUGCGAACAUCAUCUGGUACCAUUCUAUGGCAAAGUUUCAAUUGGAUAUCUUCCAUGUAAAAAAAUAUUGGGAUUAAGUAAACUAGCAAGAAUUGUUGAGAUUUUCAGUCGUCGUCUUCAAGUUCAAGAACGUCUAACAAAACAAAUUGCUAUUGCUGUUACGAAAGCUGUCGAGCCAGCUGGAGUAGCAGUCGUUGUUGAAGGAGUGCAUAUGUGUAUGGUCAUGAGAGGAGUACAAAAAAUUAACAGCAAAACAGUAACUUCAACUAUGCUUGGUGUUUUUAGAGAUGAUCCAAAAACAAGAGAAGAAUUUCUGAAUUUAGUCCAUUCGAAAUAAAAA